GAUAUAGUGAAUGCAGGGUCCCGGGGAGAGCGGAUAUAGUGAAUGCAGGGUACCGGGGAGAGCGGAUAUAGUGAAUGCAGGGUCCGGGGAGAGCGGAUAUAGUGAAAUGUGGGGUCCGGGGAGAGGUGAUAUAGUGAAUGCGGGGUCCGGGGAGUGCAGAUAUAGUGAAUGCAGAGUCCAGGGAGAGCGGAUAUAGUGAAAUGCGGGGUCCGGGGAGAGCGGAUAUAGUGAAUGCAGAGUCCAGGGAGAGCGGAUAUAGUGAAUGCAGAGUCCAGGGAGAGCGGAUAUAGUGAAUGCGGGGUCCGUGG